ACUUUUUCUACAAAUCAGGCUGAAGGGGAGAAUGACUUUCUGGAUUUAAAGAUUUCUGUAUCUGGCUUAAGUUGUUUGUUUUUUUUUUUUUCUUGCUCAAAUAGUAAAUAAAAUCUUCAGGGUGACAUCUCUGUAAUAAAAAGUGGAUUACUGUCUCUGUGAUCUGUCAGUGAGUGAAUGAACAUGUUCUGUAUCCAAGUUCAUCUCUGACUUACUAUGAAAUGUGCUGUCAAUAUCUGUUCUCCGAGAAACCAUUUUCUGGGUUACUCUUCAGGUGGGUUCUUACUGAGCCCAUGUGGCUGCUUGAGCAUCCUGGAAAUGGAUGAGGCCACCUCAGUGCUGGGUGCCUGUGUUCUGCAGCUGCUGGGUGAUUUGGCUGUAGAGGCAGGGAAUGAGUUGAGCACAGUCUGCAGGUACACGUGUGUCUGGUAUUAUCAGCAGGCAAAACGAGCACAAAAGGCAGGGAUCUGCCCACCUGUAAUUAAAGAGAAUACAUGAUUUAAAUGAUUCUGGCAGUGCAAGUAACUUCUAAAACCUGAUAAUUUUAACUCAGGCUGAUUUCUGGCUUGGCAUGUGGUACUUUGCACCUGCAUCCUCUGUGAUGUAUUCCUGGGCAUGGUUUGGGCAUGUGAACAAACCGAAUGAAUGCUGUGAGCAGCACUUCUACUUUUGGACAUGUGCAGUAAUUAAAUGCAAUGUGUAAUGAAGCUACAGAGCUUGGGAAAAAAAUGUACCCUGUUUGGACAAUAAGAGAAAAAAAAAUGUUUGCAAAACAAAUAUAUAAAAUACUGCCAUCCGUACUGUAACAAUACCAGCAUGCAAAAUUUCUCUGGAAAUAAAACCAGGGUAAAAAGUUUGUGCUGCUUUAAUCUUUAUUAGCUGCUUUGGUUCCACAAACCCAAGAUAAACUGAACUCAUUACAUGAAGAACGUGUCUCGUAUUUUGUCAUUUUGACUUCCUUUUUCUUUCGUCUCACUUUGCAGCUCUGUAUCGCUCCUGGGAGGGAUGUCUUUUGGAAGGACAGCUUUUAGGACACGUUGCGGCGCGGCACAGGGCGCACGUAUGAGAAACUGUAGUUUGCCUCAGGGGGCAAAUUGCGAUUUACGUUAUGAUGAGGGGAGCUGUGGGGGGGUUGGGGGGGGGGCGCUGUUAACGGCUGCUGCCCGGCUCCGCCCCGCGCGCCGACCGUUUACUUUCGAACGGCGCGGCCGUUGGCGCUGCGGCGCAUGCGCGGCUCGGCGCGCUGAGGAGAGCGGCGGGGCCGUGAGGGGCGGCCGGCGCGCUGAGGACAUGCAUCAAUUCGAGGAAGAAUUGACUUGCUCCAUUUGCUACAGCCUGUUUGAAGACCCACGUGUCCUCCCUUGUUCCCAUACCUUUUGCAGGAGCUGUCUGGAAAGUGUUAUUCAGCUGUCAAGCAACUUUUCCAUUUGGAGACCCUUGAGAGUUCCUCUGAAGUGCCCGAACUGCAGGAGUGUUGUUGAGAUUCCUGCCUCUGGCACCGAGUCGCUGCCCAUCAACUUUGCAUUGAAGGCCAUCAUUGAGAAGUACCGCCAGGAGGAUCACUCUGACGUGGCCACCUGCAGUGAGCACUACAGGCAGCCCCUGAACGUGUACUGCCUUUUGGAUAAAAAGCUAGUGUGUGGCCAUUGCCUUACAAUAGGAAAACACAACGGUCAUCCCAUAGAUGACCUUCACAGUGCCUACCUAAAAGAGAAAGAGUCUUCUGGGAAAAUUCUCGAGCAAUUAACUGAUAAACACUGGUCUAAUGUAUGCUUGCUUAUUGAAAAGCUAAAAGAACAGAAGUCUCAGUGUGAAAGCAUUGUUCAGGAUGAUAAAAAGGUAGUGGUACAGUACUUUAAGAAGCUUAGUGAGACACUGGAACAUAAAAAACAAGUUCUGCUGACUGCACUGGAUGAAAUCAACAGACAAAUUUUAGAAGAAUAUGAACCUCACAUUGAGAAGUUGAAAAAAAUAAGGGAAGAACAACUGGAAUUAAUGUCACUGAAUACUUCUAUUCAGAAAGAAGAGUCUCCACUUGUUUUUCUUGAGAAGGUGGACAGUGUGCAUCAACGUAUAAAAGCUCUGAAAGAGAAGGAACUGCCGGAUGUUAAACCUGUGGAGAUUUACCCAAGGGUUGGGCACCUGUUGAAGGAUGUGUGGUCUAAAACUGAAAUUGGUCAGAUCAACAAGAUCCUGACUCCGAAAAUAAAACUGGUUCCAAAAAGGAAACUGCACAGCAGGAGCAGUGAAAAGGAAAGAGGAAAACCUGAAGAACUUCUCCAGGCUGCGAAUCCUCUAUCAGUCACCUUUAUUUUUACAGUAAUAAUAGUGAUAGCCGUGCUUUCAUUUCACAAACCAAUAUCAUCGGUUGUCAUUGAAUCCAUUCCCACUUAUAUUUCAGAUUUCUUGUUCUUUAUUUAUCAAGAUUUCUGCACCUGUUGGCAGAACACAGUGGAUGUGGUGUGCUACAAAUUGAAUUUACUGGUGGAGUUUUUAGGGAGAAUUGUUCCUAUUUGACUGUUUCAGUGAUUAGAUUUAACGUCAGAAACACCAUGAUGUCUUUAAAGUUUCAAUUGAGAAGCCAAGUUCUCAGAACUGUGCUUUUUCUUUCUUUUCACAUAUCCUUCUUUUUAUCCUAUAGCUUUCCUCUCAGUUAACAGUUAGGAAAGGAGAACGUUUACAAUGAAAAGGUUUUUUCAGAUGCUCACGCAGUAAGGUAGGUAAGCAGAUAUUUAAACUGGAAGCCAUCAGAAACAACGCGUGUGUAAGAAAGCUGCAAUCAGUUUACAAACUGUAAUCUGGAAGAGAGCAGUUUCCAGUUUGUAGUAAUUUCUUGAACAUCUACUUUAAAAAAAAAAAGGCAACAUAAAUGGAAAUAUUUUUUUAAUAAAAGCAGUACAACAUGAAAAGUUUUUAAAAGCACCUGACCACUCACUGGCUGCUCCUAGACAAGUCAGUCACUUGGUCUGGUGUACACAGAACUCUUCUGCUGCGUUUUAUUGAUCUCUUUUUAAUUGAUAUAGCUGUAGUCUUUAAGUCAUGUGUUAAUGGAUCUGGUUUUCAUUUUGUGUGUUCUUGGCUGCUGGUGACACGAUCCUGUUUACAGAGCAGUAUCUGUAGUACCUGUGGUAAAAUACUGCACACAGCUUUUAGUGCCAGCUGUGCACUGUGCACAAAUCAGGUAUUGAUUCUAGCAGGGAAUUUCCAGUGCUCAUAAUGAUCCUUGACUUUCUGCUGAAAGAUUUAGUGUGUAGUGAAAAUAGAUACAUACUGCAAUAAGUACCAAAGCUCCCUUCAAAGUCAGCGACAUGAGGAUUUCAGAUGUUAUCAAGAGUCCUUAAACAACUUGAAAAUGAGUGUAAAUCUAUUUCUAGCUUUUCAGCACAAAUGAUGGAGACUUUAACUUGACAUAGAAGCAAAGCCAUAGCAUUUUGUUCUGCAGUCAAAUAAUUGGUGACAUGCUUCUCUUCCUAUGAUGAGGUACUAAACUGCACUCAGUAGAAAAACUCACAAUGGAAGCAGAUUUUGACCCGCAGUUAUUAACAGAUUGAUUACAGGCUGGAAUAAUUGUUAACUGUUGCAGUUAGAACAGCAGAACACAGAUAAGUUUACAAAAAUGAAUAUAUGUCUAAUUUUGACUCAGUGCAAAUAAUAGUAUAUUCUAGCAUAGCAGCAUUCCUUGGGUGCUUUGUUAUUUAAAGAUACUCAAGUUGUUGAACUAGUGAUGUAAUUGUGAGACCAGCCUUUCACAACUUGGUGUUUUAAAACCCUUGUGCAAACCCAGACCUGCCUGCUCUACCAGCAGGUGCUGCUGGGGGGUCCUGCAGAACAGUAGUAAUUGCUGCCACUGAUGUCAGUGAGGGCUGAGAGCAAGACUGAUCCUCACGUGUGAUGCUGAUGUAUUUCUUAAGCAGAAAUAAAAUCCUGAGCUUAUUGGUAUUCUCAUGUUAUGGUAUUGAUAAAACAUUAAGUCUAACCAAGUGGCAACUGUGCAGCACCCUUCUCAGCAACUUGGUGCUUCGUGUUUCUCAGAUUUGACUGAAAUGUCAAUGAUAAGCAAUGCUUCAGAGGAGCAGGCCUCUGCCCUGCUUGUCUGUGGUUUGUACUUCUAGCAUGAACAAUGGCAAAUCCCACUGAUACUGCUGGUUGGAUUGUGAAAUCGUGUGUAGGCAUAGCCUAGGAUGGGUUAAGUGCCCAAUAAAACUGGAAGUGGGCUCUCUGUCUUUCCCUCAAGCCCUUCUGGAUGGCUGCCAUCUGGCACAACCUGGUGCUAUGUCUGCUACCACACAUCUGCUUUUUUUGAUCUAUCUGCUUUUUUUUAUUUUCCUGACUUUUACAAAUAUUAUGGAAAGUUUAUAAUGCAAUUUUAUUUUUCCAGAUUACGUGAAUUUAUAAGAUGUCUUUAUCACUGAUUGAUAGAAACAUUUAGUACUCAUACUUAUCAGUGUACUAUAUAUUUUAAUAAAUUUGCAUAUUCUUACAUUAGAGUUGGCUAACACCUUGAUUUCCUUACUGAUCACUCUCCCUCUAAUC